AAGAAGUUUAAACUGAACAAAAUCCAGAAAUAUAUGGUAGCUGAAACGGUUAUUCGUCUAAAUCGAUCUGACUAAUUCAGUUUUACCAUUUCGUGCUGUUUUUAUUUUCUUAUGAAGUUGUUGAGACAUUACAAAAUCAAAAUGGUCUAAUUGUAAUUUUGUUAUCAAACUGAAAUUUUCCUUAUGUAAAAUUAAAAUAUGGGAGAAACGUAAUUAUGUUAUGAUGUUUGAUGUAAAUAGGGCUGCAAACGAGCUGAGUCGAGUCGAGCUUUUGCUCAGCUUGUACUCGGCUCGUUUCAAAAAUUUUCGGCUCGAACUCGAAUUUUGAUCAUCCAGCUCGAGCUCGAGCUCGACUCGAUUAAAAAUAAUCCAGCUCGAGCUCGGCUCGAUAGAGCUCGAUAAAUGCUCAUUAACACAGCUUGUCAAGUUGAGUACAAGCUCGGCUCAAGAUGAGCUCGAUUUGAAACCAUUCUUUGCUGGAAAAUGUGUACAAAUAAGAAUAUUAUAAACUAAAAAUGAUAAAAAGAACACUAGAAACUAAAAAUAACAUCUAACUUCCAUACACAUCUUUCUUAACAUGAUAAUUUUCAUGUUCAAAAGAGUAAUUAAUCCUUCCACAAGCUCUAAACAAGCCAGCUCGCGAGCUUAGCUCAACAAGCCACCGAGUCAAGCUAGCUCACGACCUUAUCAAGCUGAGCAUGGUCUAGCUCAAACUUGGCUCGUUUACUAACGAGUCGGCUCGCGAGCCGGCUUGUUAAAUAACGAGUCGAGUGUCAAACGAGUUUUUUUCGAUUCGAACGCCGAGUUGCUCGCGAGCGGCUUGGCUCAUUUGCCGCCCUAGAUGUAAUAAAAGAAACCAAGGAAGUAAAUGAUUAAUAUGACUAAAAAAAAAGAGAAAAGGAAUAGAUCCAUUACCCUGUACUUAACCUAAUUUUUCUUUUAUCCAGAAAUCAGCUCAAAGAACCAGAACCUAAUUGUUCUUUUUAAAGGUAAACCUAAUUUUUUUAUGAUCAAACGUGGAACUCAGUAGUUAGGCGCGUGGGACGUAUCCAUCCGCUUUAAACCAAAAGGAAAAUUCCAUCCAACGUUCAAGCCGAGUCAAUCGCAAGUCAAUUUCACAAACACGUUGCCGGCUGGCUGCCAUCUCUCCCUCCCUACUAUAUAAACCCUGAACCAAAUCGGCGGAAGAAGAGAAAAAAGAGGGACACAGAGCAGAGCAACAAAGAAAGAGAGGGGAAAACUCAAAAAAGAAGAAGAAAGAAAAAGGAACGAGCAGAAAGAGACGAAAAAAAUUAAUCUCAAUCGACGCCGGCCGGUAAUAUGUGCUCAGUGGCAGUACCGGUUCCGAAAUCGCCGAUUUUCGCAUCGCCGAGGAUGCAAUCGAUCUUCUGCAAGCCAUGCCCCUCUCCGAGCAGCAUCCACAGCCCCCGAUCAACAGCCGUCGUGUCGUCGUCGCCGCGGCUGUCCCUGUCUUCUAGUUCUUCGCCGCCGACGUCGAUGUUAUCGCUGAGAGUGAACGAAGCGGCCGGGAAUCCCGGCGCGGUGCUCAAGAGGAAGAGGCCGGCGAGGAUAGAUAUCCCGGUGGCGACGAGAAGCUUGGGGUUGUGUUUGGAGACGCCGAGAUUGGCAGAGGAAGAGAGAUCAGAUGUGGUGGAGGUGGAAGGAGAUGGAUAUUCCGUUUAUUGCAAGAGAGGGAGGAGAGGAUCCAUGGAGGAUCGGUACGCAGCUUCCGUCAACGCUUCCGAUUCUAAGCAGGCUAUGUUCGGGAUCUUCGACGGACACGGUGGCGCGAGAGCCGCCGAAUUCGCCUCCAAGAAUUUGGGGGAAAACAUCUCCGCCGAACUAUCAUCGUCUUCUAGAUCUGACGAUAACGGAUUCCAAGAGGCGAUUAGAAAGGCCUAUUUGAAAACCGAUGCAGAUUUCCUCAACGAAAACGCUCACGGCGGAGCAUGCUGUGUCACGGCGUUGAUACAAGACGGAAACCUCGUGGUGUCAAACGCCGGCGACUGCCGCGCCGUGAUGAGCAGAGGAGGAGUCGCGGAGGCGCUCACGUCCGAUCAUCAAGCUUCUCGUCCCGACGAGAAGGAGCGAAUCGAGGCCCUCGGCGGUUAUGUGGAUUGCUGCAGAGGCGUAUGGAGGAUUCAGGGAUCUCUCGCCGUGACGAGAGGGAUCGGAGACGGGCAUCUCAAGGAGUUCGUGAUCGCCGAGCCGGAGACCAAAGUCGUGAGAAUCGAGCCUGAUUGCGAGUUCCUGAUCUUGGCCUCCGAUGGGCUGUGGGAUAAGGUUUCCAAUCAAGAAGCACUUGAUCUGAUCCGCCAUCUGUGCACUGAUGCCGAGAAACCAAAGCCAGCCUUAGCCUGCAAUCAACUCGCAGAGUUGGCUGUGAGGAGGGGCUCCAUGGAUGACAUCAGCGUCAUGAUCGUCCAAUUGGCUCGUUUCCUCCAUUGAUUCCACACAAGAGAAGAAGCUCCAAAUCUUGCCCCGACUGAAAAUUAUGCUGACGCGGAGCUAAUCGAGCACUGCAUCAACAUAAAACCACGAUCGGAGGAAAAAAUUUGGAGCACAAGCGUGGCGAUGUGUGAUUUGAUAAAUAGAUGAUGACAAUGAUAUGUAAGAACAUUUACGUUUUGAGCAAUUAGGUAGCGGUAGAAAGAAGGCCAGCCGCAGGAGCUGAUUAAAUCGUAUGUAGAUAAAUACGUAGCCACGACUCGCAUACUUAUAGUUGCUUGGUUCAGAAAAUGUUCGACAGUACUAAUCAUCUAAAUUUCAUACUUCCAACUUGUUUAUAGAUUUCACAAAGAAUGAAAAUCGUCAGUGAUAUAAUUUCACUAAAUUUACUUAAAUUCCACUCACUCUUUUAAUUUUGGGACCAACACCAGAAUUUCCCGUAAUGAUUAGUUAAUUACACUAUCUUAUUCUAUCCAGCCAUUGUAAAUAUGCAUGGUUAGUGAACACUAAUCCAUCGAGUGAUCGAGAUUAUAAUGGUUGGCUACUUGGCUAGGAGUCAAAAAAACGGUAACAAACUAACAUUUUCGAUUUGGGUCUUUGGUGGGUUGGGUCCAGCACAAGAAGUUGGCCAGUCGUAUUUAGCGGCCGGCCGACUAGUUGGUUGUUGUAACUUGUAAUGUUGUCUGCACUCUUUUUUUUUUUCUUUCUUUUUCUUUUUCCCUGAUUGUUAUCGUUUUGCUUUCCACUGGAUGAAUGGUUGGUUUAUAAUUGGGGUCAUAAAGUGGGGACGCGAUAUGGAGACCAAUUAUAAGUUGCAUAAAUUCCAUUCUUUUAAAGCGAAGUCAACUCCCGAAUAAUGUACAAUUAAUAAAGACUCAAAUAAAUAGUGGGUUUACAAGCGAGACGAGCAAUUGCAACUGCUUGAACUUGUCCAUAAAAAAAAAAAAAAAACUGUUUGAUCCCAUUGUUUGAUUGGACCUACAGCCUAUGCACCCUCCACUACUAACACAUAUUUCCGCUAUGGGCUGAAUUGUUGAAGGUCAUGUGGCCGACAAGUAAAGUUGGGCCUGUGUUCUAGUCUGCUGCUGCAUUUGGUUAUCUUCGGCCCAGUUAUUUGAGUUGCGCCAUAGUGGACAUUGGGGUUGUAGUAGUUUAGAAUUGCUUUCUUUUGUAUCAAUUUUUUUUGUUGCGAAAUGCACCUAUUAUUCGAUUUUUCUUUUUGUCUACCUCAAUCUCUGGAAUCCUAAGUUGAACAUUUGAAUAUUGAUGUUAUAUAAGUGUGUGUGAAUUUUCACUAUAUGUUGGAUCUAAUUACGACAUGUUACUUUGGUGUAAAUAUUAUAUGUUAUAACUCAUAUGUUAGAUGAGAUUUGAUAUAAUUUAUCAGGAUAAGUAUAUAAUAACUCUUUUCAUAUUUUCUGGCUAAAACUGGUGACCCAUUAACUUUUGACCCAUUAGCUCGAUCGAGUCCGGGUCAGCCCGCAGGUUGACAACCUUGAUUUCUGGUUUUUUUUAGUUCACGGUUUCUUUUUUAACUUGGAAUUAGUUUCUUAAUUCUUAAGAUUUGAAUAAUGAUAAAUGAUUAAA